AUGGAAUUUCAUGAAAAUAUUACAGAUUCUAAAAACGAACAUAUAUCAACAUGCAUUAAAAAUGAAGGAGAUUGUCUAAAAGAAUAUCAUGAAAUAGAAAUUAAAUCUGAAGUAAAGGAAUGCUACUUUGAAACCAGUAAUCCACAGUAUUUUUCAGAUGAUAUUAAAAUAGAAAACAAUAUGUUAGAAGAUGUAACUAAUGAAAUUAAGGUUGAAAUAAAAAAAGAAUUGGAGGACCAUGGCAUUGGCAUUGGAAUAAAACCAGAAGUUGCUUCGUUGUUAUGUGAUGCAACGGCUGGUGAGUUUUAUGAAGCUGUGGCCGAUAAAAAAAUAAUAUCUCAUAUUGUGGAAUAUACCAAUCUUUAUGCCACUGCAGCAACCUUUGGUGCCAAUUAA